UUUUCUCUUCUACUUUCACAGAAAUGCUUACUUAUUUGAACUUAGGGAAAAAAAAACAAAAUUAGAUAUCAUACAGAAUCAUAGACUUGUGAAAUAAUGACCUGAAGUUCCACUUUCUUUUACCUUUGAAAGAAACAUUCUUUGCUCCUCUUUGGAAACAUACUUGACAUUGUAAGAUUAUUAGUCCACGUUUCGAGAUUAUACUCCAUUAACCCAACCAAGAAUAUUAUUAAACUGGAGAGAGUUCAGAAGAGAUUUACCAGGAUGUUGCCGAGUGUGGAAAGUCUUGCUGAUUACAGGUGAAGCUGAACUUUGAAGUGACAAGAUGCAAUCAGUUUGGAAUCCAAGUUUUCCGAAAGGAAAACCCCAAAACAGUCUCGCAGCAAAAGGAUUCCGUAGUGUGAGACCAAAAUUCCUUACACCUGGCAGAAAAUCACCAGUGCAGCCUUCAACCAACAAUGGGGUGGUGGAGAUGAGAGAAAACAGCCACAGUACAAGGUCAAAAGAUGCUUGCUUUUCAGCAACUUCUCAGCCCAACAUCCCAUGUGGCACUGAAACAGAAGAUCUACCAUUUGCUGUUGGUCCUAAUCUCAAUAUACCAUGUACCUCAGAAAUUGAAAGCCAAGCUAUUUCGGACAGCACAUCAUAUAAGGUUCUCUGUAACUCAAACAUAGAUAACACUGCAUCGUCAGCUGAUCCAAGGCAACCACAUGCCACUAAGACAGGACUGCAGGUCACAGAGAUCGAUUCACUUGAGAGUGACAUAGAUCCAAUAUACAAAGUCAAGCUGCGAACAGUUAGUGAAAAGAUGAACAUCGGGUCACCUUCUAAUGCUCUGUUGACUUCAGAAAAGAAAAGAUCACCGCCUUUAAAAGUAAAAAACGUUUUAGUUGAAGAUGAACCAAAGACUUGGUAUAAAUCAAGGUUUAAAGAUGAUUACAAUGUACUGAAAGCAGAUAAAUAUGGGGCAUCUCCUAUUGUUGAUGCCAGGAAGAAGAUGUGGGAGCCCAAUUCAACAAAACAGCCCCCUUCCAGUUCCAUCUCAGGCUUUCCAUCAAGAUCUCAACUAACUGGACCACUGCCCUAUAAUUCAACAACAAGGAAUAACCACACAAUUAAACAGACACUUUCGUCAGAACCACUCAACAGUUCUAAUGGUGAAAAGCAAAACUGCAACCCUCAGCCACAAGAUCUACUUUCCAACAAUCCUGACAGUGAAAGUGCUCAAGGUUACUCCAUCCCUUUAUCAGGCAGCCUUCAUGACACCUGGGGCUGGAGUUUGCAAAAUUAUGCAGCCCCUCCAAGUGACUAUCAGCCUACAAAAUCUACAGAUGCACCCUGCAAUCCUUUGCCAACAAAAGAACUUCAUUCACUUUGUUCUACUGAGGCUACUGCUGAAGAAUGCAAGUGGUUAUAUCCAAAUGGCAAAGUUGAUACCUGUGGCUAUCAAGUUGAACCUAAAAGUGUAUUUUAUUAUAAGCCUGGAAAGUCAUCUGUUUUAGAUCAUGACCAUUCAAGACCAAUACACAUCAAUGUUUCAGGAGCUGCAUUUCUCAGUAAAUCUAGAUCACUCCCAAUGUUGGCAGAAUCAGCUGGUCAGCUGACCUUCAAUGAAUCCAGGCAAUGCAAUGGUUCAGACAUAGAUCUACCUCAACUGAAGUCCAUGGAAAUCCAAUGUUAUUCAUCUGCUGAUCAAAUCUCCAUAGACAAUGAAAAUGCAGAACCGUCCCUGGCUGAUGCACCCAAACCUACAGAUCAGCAUUUUCAGUCCCAAAAGCCAAAGCCGCCAGAGGAGACACAUGAUCGAAGACAGCAACUAAAUAUGGAACUGACUGUAAGAGCGAAGUAUGACUUCCAUGGCCACACGUCAAAAGAAUUGCCUGUCAGAAAGGGAGACAUCAUCUUCAUCCACAAACAGAGGGAUCACAACUGGUAUGAAGGCCAAUGUAAUGGAAAGAGUGGCUUAAUCCCAAUUUGCUACGUAGAGCCUGUUUCUGACCUACAGAGAAAUGAGCAAAAAGCACUUGAUGAAAUUGCAGUUGUUAGAUUCAGAUUUGCUGCCUUGACUAACAUAGAACUGCCACUGGAAAAGGACCAAUCAGUAGUUCUGCUCAGGAGAAUAGAUGAGAACUGGUAUGAAGGAAAGUAUCCAGGGACAAAUCGGAAAGGGAUAUUUCCUGUCACAUAUGUUGAAGUCGUUGGUAAAUCAACCAAUGAGUCUGUCUUCCCCCAACAUCUGCCAACAUCUGGGAGCGAUAUGAAAAUAAAAAUGGCUUCCCAGAGGUCUUUUCAACAGCUUCAGCAAAAGAGCAUGAAUAAUGACAGUAUUCAAUCUGGUGAAGAAACAUAUUUGGCUUUAUAUUCAUUUGUUCCCAACAAGGAAGAUGAACUGGAGCUCAAACAAGGAGACAUCAUUAACGUUAUCAGGAAAUGUGGUGAUGGUUGGUACUUUGGUACAUCCAGAAGAACCAAGAUGUUUGGCACUUUCCCAGGAAAUUAUGUGGAAAAAUUGUGUUUAUGACCAAUAGAACUGAUUCUCCAAUUCAACCAAGAUAUUAUUCUGGGUGAAUUCGUGAACUGAAUGAGUCAGGAAAUGCACUGAAAUGUAGAUUCUGUCAGCAAAGCGAAGUCCCAGUGGCAGAUUUAUUUGGGGCAGAAUUACCUGGAAGGUUUUGGUGGAACUAUGAUGCAAAUGUUUUUCCCUUUAAAGAAAUCUGCAUACCUUUGAUUUAUGCUGUUCCUUACCUCAAGUCAUGGCUAUAUGAAAGUUUUCAUGUUACAUGCAACACAAUAUCACUUUCCCCAUUAACAUUGUUUCACUUCUGAGCAAAAAACCAGGAAACAGAAACUGUUACAUUUUCCCAAGUUCUCCAGACAUAUGCUUAUAUGCAAAAUUUUGGGAACACCAGGAACUGAAAUCAUUCCUUCCAAUGAUUGAUUGUGAUUUUUUUUUUAGCAAUUUAUUUUUAAAAGUUAUUUCUUCUUACUGAGACCUACAAAAUAUUUUUC